UUCCAGCUGGAACUCUAAACACGAAUAUUGAUUUGGAUAUAGAUUUGACCCCGCUCCAAAUAAAGACUAAGUCCGUUCUUGGCGGAACUGAUAUGAUGUGGGUGCGCUUUAUAGGUUCUAAUGACAAUCCUGCAAUCUUCAUCUAUUUUCAAGAUCCACCCAGCUACAAUAUCGGCUUUUGCACGCAGACAAAUCCACGGCCGCAGUUCACAUUGCCAGAUAUUGAUAACAACGAGCACAAAGUUUGGACUUUUGAAAGAGGGCUUAACAAUCUUCAACUUCGUUGUAAUGGAGUGGAGGUAUUCAACUUUAUCUUGGUGGAUUCAGCUUUCGAAGACUGUGUAAAAAAGUGGUCCAUAGAUUUUACUCAAAUUCAAUUUGUGAACGAUGGAGAACAAGAUAACGUGUCAGACUUCUUUAGACCAUUAGCAGAGGUAUGCAUCAAACUACCUGAAGAUUGGAUUGGAUUAAAAACAGAGGCUGAGUUCCCUGUGAGCCAAGGAACCACAAUGACAGUGUCCUGCAACGACGGCUAUAUUAACAGUGGGAGUAACACGGUUACUUGCAACACUUACCACUACCAAGACUUGCAGUACGAGAACAAACCACAAUGUGUGCCCGCAACUUGCGAGGAGGGACACUACAGGGCUGCUGAUAUGGCUGAAUGUGAAAAAUGUGGCAUGGGAAAACAGCCUAGCUCGGAUGAAGUUUCCUGCGAGCCUUGUUCAGCUGGACAGUAUAAAGAUACGGAAAUGUUAAACUGUGCAGCGUGCCCAGCCGGUACUAUCAGCUCGGAGUCUGGUACAGGACUUUGUUUGAAGUGCCCCCAGGGGACUGCUGUUAAUACAGGAUACACUGAGUGUGUUUCCUGUACAAAACUAAACCCCAGCUGGGACAAAGUAAGAACAAAUACGCAGUUACCAGUAUCACCUGACACGGAAAUUAAGAUAUAUUGUGAGACUGGGCACACUCUAUCAGGAGACACUACAGUCACUUGUAUUAAAGACACUGAGUUUAAAGUCACAGAACCACCUCUUUGCAAGCUCGAUGAGUGCACAGAAUUGACACCAGUGGAGGGGUUAUCUACUGCAACCAAGUUUCCCAUCCCUUACGGCACUUUGGUAACUGUUUCAUGUGAAGUAGCGUACACCUUUGCUGGUGAUACUAUGAUCACGUGCUUGAAGGAUCAACAAUUCUCUCACUACGUUGAACCUACGUGCAAUCCAAAGCGCUGCACAGGACUGCCCCCAGACUCUGCCCUCCUGAUUACAACUCAAAGGUUCCCAGUGGAGUACGGAGCCCUGGUCACCGUGUUAUGUGAUCCCGGACACAAUAUGGAACUGAGAGGAGAUAACGUGAUCACGUGUACAGGCGGAGUUCAGUUCGCUUCCACUGAUAAACCUCGCUGUAACGAUGCAGGAACGUGCUCCGAACUGCCAGCAAACAGCAACUUGUGGGCUGAUACCACAUUCCCUGUUAACAAAGGAGCAACUGUGUUUGUGAACUGCAAGUCUGGCUACACGCUAACGUCAGGGUUACGCACUCUAACCUGUGUACAGGACGAUCAGUUCACUGUGGACAAGUUCCCUGUCUGUCAGAAAGACGAAUGCUCAGCACUCCCGGCCAUCUUCAACCUGCGGACGGAGACUAAGUUCCCAGUACAGUACCUAGACACAGUCACAGUAGACUGUGAGAGUGGCUACUCCCACGAGGGGGAUAGAACUAUCACCUGUAUUAAAGAAAACAACUUCCAGUUCAACCAACUACCUAGAUGUGUUCUAGACGAGUGUGACCAGAUGCCGGAUAUCCCUAAAAUCCAGACAAACACCAGAUUCCCUGUGAUAGUGGGGACAGAGGUAGUGGUCACGUGUAUAGCUGGCCACGUGAUGAGUGGUAGUACAGUGAUCACGUGUGUAAGAGGCUCCACCUUCACAAUCCAGCAGCCCCCUACUUGCACUAUAGAAACAUGUAAAGGACCGCUCCUGGAGAACCAUCUCUCCACUGACACUGCUUACCCCAUUAUCUACGGUACCAGAGUGACAGUGACCUGUGGGGAGGGGUACUCCCUGAAGGGAGACGAGGUCAUCAGCUGUAAGAGGGGUAUCAACUACUCCUACUCCACUCGACCUCUCUGCUUCGACACGCGUGAGUAUUAGGCCAGGAACCCCCCCCCCCCCCCCUCCAUAGUGUAGCGCUCGUUUCUAAUUUAAUUGGGAAGUCAGUUUUACUGUCAUCUUCUACUGACUUGACACAAGGUUUAUCACAUUUAGGUUUAUUUGUUAAGUUGUUUUUGUGACCCCAAACGUGUAGUGAAGCCUGAUGUUUCUGUGUUAUUCCAUUCUGUCAUCUGCUUUUAGUGUCGUUUUUUGUUCCAGUAGCUGCGAAUUUGUACCCCUUUCUUGAUUAAUUUAUCAGUUAUAACCAAUAAUUAUACAAUAAUAAUUCACAUUUUACCAUACUAUAUACUUUCCAUCCUUUGGUUUGAACACUAUUCAUUUUACUUCAUGUAUUGAACACCGUGUAAUGUGUAUCUACAGUGUAAAUACAAAGUUCUUUACCAGUUGUUU